AUGAAGGUGGAGGUGCUGAACUCAACGCUAGUGGCGCCCAGCGAGGAGACGCCGCGGACUGGGCUCUGGCUAUCCAACCUCGACCUCGCAGGCCACCGUUCGCACAAGCCGCUUGUUUACUACUACCCGGCCCCGACGCCAGGCAACAAAGACGGCGCGGACUUCUUCUCCCCCGACCGGCUCAAGGCGGCGCUAGCCAGGGCGCUGGUGCCGUUCUACCCACUGGCUGGCCGGCUACACGUCGACGAGGGCGGGCGGCUGCAGAUCAACUGCAAUGGGGAGGGAGCGCUCUUCGUCGUUGCGAGGGCAGACUUCACCGGGGAAGACCUGUUCCAAAACUACCAGCCCUCGCCGGAGGUGAGGCGUAUGUUUGUUCCGUCCGCGUCGUCAAGCGACGACCCGCUCGCUGUUUUUCAGGUGACAUUCCUCAAGUGCGGUGGAGUUGUGUUGGGCACAGGAAUUCACCACAUGUCCAUGGACGGCAUGGGUUCGUUCCACUUCAUCCAGACGUGGACUGGGCUUGCGCGUGGUCUAAACAUCUCUGAGGCGUGCCCUUUGCCACCAAUGCAUGAUCGCACUCUCCUCCGUGGGCGCUCGCCACCGCACGUGGACUUCGACCAUCUGUUCUACUCCCCAGCAUACCUCACCGGCCUUCCACGCCCAUAUGUCACCCGAGUCUACUCGGUAUCUCCGAAACUACUUGAAAAUCUCAAAUCCCGGUGCGCACAAGGCGUGUCCACCUACGGUGCUAUUACCGCCCACCUCUGGCGCUGCAUGUGUGUGGCUCGUGGGCUUGAGCCGUGCUCCGACACCCGGCUCCGUGUGACGGCCAACGUUCGUCACCGCUUGCGCCCGCCCCUCCCGCGCCACUUCUCCGGUAACGCCAUCCUGCGAGACCUCGUCACCAUCAAGGUGGCUGACAUCCUAUCCCAACCAUUGGGGUUUGUGGCUGAUGCGAUCAGGAAGAGGGUGGAGGACAUCAACGACGCAUAUGUGCGGUCGGUUAUUGACUUCGUAGAGCUGGAGUUGGAGAAGGGUAGCCUCCAAGCGGCGCCGGGGCAUCUCAUGCCGGAGUCGGACCUGUGGGUGGUGAGCUGGCGCGGGAUGCACAUGUAUGAUGCUGACUUCGGUUGGGGGGCGCCUCGGUUCGUAGUGCCAGCAGAGAUGUUUGGCAUCGGAACAGCAUACGUGAUGCAACACUCUGACAAAGACGAUAGCAUCGCUGUGAUGUUCUCGCUGGAACCCCGGUAUGUGGAGUGCUUCGAGGAUGUUUUCUACAAGGGCUGA